AUACGCGGUCUACAGUGUACUUAUCACCAGUGUCAGCAUGACCACAGGUCUAUACAACGCUGCCAGGUUCAAACCUUCCAGUAUGAUUACGACCCUUUCAAACUUUUAUUCUUAUUUGGGUGUAGACGGAGACUAUAGUGGUGUAAUAAAUAAUGGUCAUUGUAUGCAUACAAACAAUGAACAUGCACCCUGGUGGAUAGUGGACUUGCUUGGUCAGUUUGAAGUACAGCAGAUAAAACUCUAUAACAGAAACGAAGACUACAUCUCUGCUAUUAGAGUGAAAAACUUUACUCUUGAUAUAUUUGAUGAAGAUCCAAGACAACUUGCCAACUUCCCCACUAUAACUGGUCAUUUGUGCUACAAUCAGACUGAUCCACUGGAAACAACACCAUUGCUGGUCAACUGCAGGACCUCUAUUCUUGGCAGAUAUAUUCGUCUAAGCAUGACAACUGAUGUUAACAACCCACUACAUAUCUGUGAAAUGGAAGUAUUAGUUAGUAGUUCCAACUAUGAAAUUAUUAACUUUAACAAAAUAAUGAACACCAAACUAGUGGACACGCCCAUGGCUCAAGUUCAACUCAGCGACUCAUUUUUUUGUGUUCUGGAAUGUCUCAAGCGUCGGUUGUCUACCUACUGUACAGCUGUGAACUGGAUCACAUCCACUCGGUCAUGUCAGCUUUUUAGUAUCAAUCCUUUUGUAGAUUUGACAACUAGACUUAUGACUGAUGAAAGGACAGAUUUAUAUAUUCAACGUAUUUAAAUAUGUAUUUUUAAAUGACAGACUAACAAAAAGGAAUAGAGAUUUAUAUAUUUCAAGAUUUUAGAUUUUAUUUUCAUAAUUCGGACUUGACAAAAACAAUAAAGAUUUAUAUAAACAAAGCAUUUAGAUAUGGCAUUUUAUAAGACAAGCUUAAGAAAAAAUAACGAUUUAUAUAUUCAAAGUAUUUAGAUAUACAUUUUCAAAGCCUAUUUGACAAGAACUCAGCAUUAGAAACAGAAACUACUUUAAGGACACUAUAAGAUGCACACCGGCUACACCCGUUGAUUAUUGUUUAUUUUGGCCUGGAUACACACUUUCCAAUUUUUUUUUUGAACUUGCAUUAAACGCCUUAUAAUUUAACAAUUCACCGUGAAUCUUCUAUUUGUUACAAUGAAAUUGGACGUCAUUCCCUCUUUCUCUAUCUCACUCUCUUUCCUCCUCACUCUCAGUCUCUGUCUCUCUCACUCUCUCUUUCCUUCUCUCUCUCACUCUCUCUUUCCUUCUCUCUCUCACUCUCUCUUUCCUUCUCUCUCUCACUCUCUCUUUCCUUCUCUCUCACUCUCUCUUUCCUUCUCUCUCUCACUCUCUCUUUCCUUCUCCCUCACCCUAAAUCUCUCUCCCCUCUUUGUUCUUGUUAAAACCCCGGCACAACCGGUCUUCAACAGAAGAUGCCAAGAGAUCGUAUACAUUUGUAAAAUUGCCUAGACAGAGAUGAGAAUUUACAUUGACAGAAAUGGAUACAAAUAUACUUACUAAAUUAUGAGAGCAUACCAGUAUACAGAAGCGAACUGUGUGUCGAAAUCGACCAUUGCAUUACGGUAGAGCACUCUCCAAUUUAUGGUGUGCGUCAAUUGGUAAUUCACAAAAUAUGUAAAUUUUGAUAAUCCAUGUGUGGGUUUAGGCCUACGUAAUGAUUUUUAUGGCAACCCAAAAAAAUUCGUCCUGAUCCUAGGACACCUAUACAGUCAGUCUAGUUGCUGCAUUAAAACAGAAGAAGGAACAACAGAGUUUUUCAGCAUCGAGACAGGUGUGAGACAGGGGUGCAUCUUAUCUCCCUUCCUUUUCCUCCUAGCUAUCGACUACAUAAUGAGGAGAGCAAUUACCAGACUGCCUUUGGUAUUCCAUGUCGUGAACAAAUUCGAAUGUCGGACUUGGACUUUGCUCAUGACGUUGCACUACUCGAGGCUACAAAUAAAUGCAUUCAGGAAAUGACGGAGAGCCUAGAUAGAGAUGCACCCAAAAUUGGCCUCCGCAUAAACCUGGAUAAGACCGAAAUUCUGUGAGUGGGAUAUGAGGCAAAGGGUGCCUUCGUCAGACUUGGCGAGUCAAAUCUUGAAGAGCUGGACAAGUUCACUUACCUUGGCAGCAUCAUAACAAAUGAUGGAGAUGCCUACCAUGACGUAGCGUGCCUAAUAGGAAAGGCAGGGAGCAUUUUUUAAAGGCUGCAGCGUAUUUGGAAAAGCCAAACCAUUGGAGACAAAAAUACACCUUCUCAACACAAUCGUCAUCUCAACUGCAACAUAUGCAUGUGAGACAUGGAAGUCAUCUGUAAAAAUUGAGAAUGUGGCUCAACAGAAAUGGCUGAGAAUGAUUUUUCGAGUCAGUUACACCGAUCGGGUCUCCCGAACUGGGAGUCGAUAGAGCGUCGCAUGAAGUUUGCGGGACUAUUCUACAACAAAACGAACUACUCAUACUAUGAGUUGCGAUGACAAGGAGGGAAAUACUAGGAAAGCGCAAACAGGGACGUCCUCGUAUUACUUGGCGCCACAGCUUCAUGGAGGACCUCAGAACAGAGGACAACAGGUGGGAGGAGGCUUCAGACAUUGCUAACGAAAGAUCUUUAUGGAGACAGCUUGCUGCCCAAUGCGCCGAACGGCGCGGGAGGACCAAAGUCUAAGUAAAGUUUAUUAUAUUUUCAUACAUAUUUUGCACUAAAAUACCAAUUUUAUUGAGUAAAACAAAUACUUUUAAAAAUGGUUUCACAUCUUUCAAUGUUAUUGCUUUGAUUCCAGUGUCUGCUUAUCUAUCCGCUGUUUUAUUUUCAAUUUUGUCAAGCACUAGAAAAAGCGUUUCUCGUAAUGAGACGACUCUCUGCCUUAAAGUGAACAAAAGAGUUUUUCAGAGCCACAUCUUGUGACCACCACCGCGUUCCUCCUAAUGUAGUUGAUCUAUGGUGAUAAGGAUCUUUCGUCACACUUUCCGUAACAUCCCUGUUAUUAUUAUAACUUUUAUAUAGCGCUACUUUCAAGCUUAUGGCAUGCUCAGAGCGCCAUAUUCCAAUCUCAUUUGUGGACCAGUUGGGAGGAGGGAGAAGGUUUUCCGAGCUGCCUUUAGGUACUCAGUAAACACAAUUCUGCUCGAGUCGGGUGUCGAACCUCAAGCCCUAUUUAUAGGUGGUCAAGCCAAGUUCAAACUUACUUAACGUCUCGACCACGCCCCCCUCUCCCACAUGUGUAAGAAUCUUUAACGAACUCAGCAGUUAUCUAUAGAGUGACAAGAAAAUGGAAUUCUUGAUGUUUCUGUCACUAUGAGGCUCAGAUUAUGUGCGUAGUGUCACGAUUGAAUACUGUGACUUAGUUGUACCUAUUUCCAGAAAUCGGGGUCAGGUCAAUGAAGCCGCAGAGCAAACACUUGUUAAUUAUUAACAGAAACCUUCACAUGUAUCUCUACACAUUUACAGAGGAGACUCUUCUAAAAAAUAUAUUCUGAAAAUCUUGAAAAGCAUGUCUGCAUGUUUCAACUUUCAACACAUUAUUUACGUCUAUAUGCAUGAUGAAAGUUCUUUUAUCCGACACUGUUAAUUACAGCCAGCAGGGUUACCCUUUCUCUAGGGCGGAUGAUGGGUCAUAAGUUAUUGUGGCCUACGGUUAACGAGGUUGUCAUGUCUCCAGCACAACGACCAACCACCUUUAUUUUUUAGGUACACAUUACAGCUGGGCGGACUCGUAGAAGCCCUAAAUAUCCCGAAAUUUAAAAUCCUAUUCUUCACCGAGAUUCGAACCAUGGAUUCCAGUUGGGGAGCCAAUCUCUUUACCACUCAAUCACCGAGCCUACACAUGUCUUUCCUUCAUCAAAACUAACAUAUCGAACAGAGCAUUGAUUUGUGCAUGGCAUAUUUCGAGUAAUACCAAUCCGCAGUAAAAACAUUAUCCAGGGUAAAAGUCGCUUCCAGUUUGUUACAUGGAUAGUUUAAUCUACAUUUCCCGUUAAUCUAAACAAUAACUAUGCGCUCCGUUACAGUUCUUCUUUUCUGACUUCAUCCCGUCUCAAACUCUUUUGAUUUUGAAAAAAAAAUGUUGGUUGUUUGAUCUCAAAAAUAUGUUUAAUGUUUCAGAUUAAUGUUUAUGGUCAUCUGACUUUUCAUGUUUUUAAUGUACUUGACGUCUAUCUCUCAUAUCUCCGGCAAACGCUUUUUUUUCUUGUGUGCUUAGCAAAUGCCAUUCAAAAUAAACCCACUCUAUAUUGACUGAAGUAUCACUAUUUUUCCGCUUGCCUUGUAUAAAAAAAAAUAAUUAAAAACUUAAACAGCUACGACAGCCUAUGACAACCUACGACAGCCUAUGACAGCCUAUGACAGCCUACGACAGCCUACGA